AUGGGGUUUGGAGACAAUUGGAGAAAAUGGAUUAGAUGUUGUGUGGAUUAUGUUAAAUUCUCAGUUCUUAUUAAUGGCAGUGCUAAUGGUUACUUCACUAGCAAAAAGGGAAUCAGGCAAGGUGAUCCCAUUUCACCUUUUUUAUUUCUGCUAGUUGGUGAAGCUCUUACUUUCAUGAUUAAAAAGGCUCAAGAACAAGGUAUUAUUUCUGGUUUUCAAGUAAAGACUAAUGGUAUGAAUAUUAGUCAUCCGCAAUUUGUAGAUGACACUCUAAUUUUCCUUGAUAGUGAUGUUGAACAAGUAAGAAAUCUUAGAUCUAUUCUUCUUUCUUUUGAGCUCUUAUCUGGUUUGAAGAUUAAUUUUGCCAAAAGUCAGAUUUAUGGUGUUGGUUUUGAAGAUAAAUGUGGUGGAGUUUUAAAAUGGAACAAGAUUAUUGAGAAAUUCAUUAGGAAAUUAGCUAGUUAG